GUGUGUGUGUACAGAAAGGAGACAGGAGACCCAGAUGAAAGAGAGACAGAGUUAACCGCUCACUGGACAGGCUCAUUCUCCGGGCCCAAGCUACAAGGCGGCAUUUCCUUCCUCACCGACUCCCUCCCAGCGCUCGCAUCAUUUGAAGGGGGAGCUAGAAGAUGGCAUUGAAUGUUCAGGGAACCGCCUGGAUCCUGCUCUGUGCCCUGUCACCGCUGGUCUUAGCAGAUAGAGAUUGCCUCUGGUAUGCAGACAGAAAUGGAGCCUGGCAUCCUGGAUUUGAUUGUUAUGCAUUCACAUUCUGCUGUGGGAGCUGCCACGAGAGAUUUUGCUGCAUAAACCCCCUUCAACAUAUCAGUGAGAGGGAGCAGAAAGCAUGUAUUACACUAAGUCCAAAGGCAAUCGUUGGUAUUGGAUUUUCUGUUCUUCUUUUUCUUGUGGUGAUUAUUGCACCGAUGUGCUGUUUCCGCUGCUCGUGCUGCUAUUUAUACCAACGUCGCCACAGAUCCACUCCACACACCCAAGAAAUAUAUAUGUCUGGAAUCCCUCAACAACAGCAGCAACCACCCUAUCCUAGACAACCUACAUGCCCUCCAUAUCCUGUGCAGCCUUCGUAUCAAAUGGAUCCUAAUCUUGUCCCGUAUCAAAUGGAUCCUAAUCUUGUCCCAUCCCAAACAGGAUAUGGACCUGUGCCAGUGUUCCAAGGAAAUGGGCCCAGUCCCCAGUAUCCAAUGUACCCUACAGCUCCACAGCCCUACAACCCAAAUGGUCCCCCUCCAUAUGCACCUUAUCCUAACCCAGCACAGCCCGGAAUGUGAGAUCUUCGCAGUGUCAAAUAUGCGGAUACAGCAAAAUAUAAGGGAAUAUUUAUAGACUCCUUGAACUUUUGUCUUUGUGGAAUAGCUGAUCCAUGUUGGUCAUCUGCACGUAACGCAAAAGGAACUGAGAAUCCCAUUCAUACACAUAAAUAUACCCACACAUUGUUUGUGUUACUAUAAAGUAUGUUAUUAUGUCACCAAGUGCUGUGGAAUUGAAGACUGUUGUGAGGUUACUUACAAACAGCACAGAUAAUGAAAUGUUCAUAAGCAUGUUUGUAUAUUAUUACUUCUAAUUUUAAUAUUUACAUAUAGCUACAACUGCACUGGAAUAUUGAAUAGACAGCUGUUAAUAAAGAAUGGGAAGUAUAUAUA